AUGACGCGGCUCAAGUCAAGUCGAGCCUCACUGCAACCACUUUUUCUCGUGCUCGCUCUCUUAUCCGCUUUCUGCGCGCCCUUGUUGGCGCAUGCCGAAUGCCCUGAGGGAGCCGUCUCUCUCUGCAAAGCCGCCGACGAUCCCGCUCUAUGUCAACACGCAAUCUGCUCUCGUACAAGCGAUGCCGCAACGUACGCCGUGCGAGGCCGUUCUCUUUCGGAGGGAUCGUCGCGAACCAGCGACUUGCUGACGUCGCUGGCGGUGGAGGCUGCGGAGGCGGAAGUGCGGGGUCUGCGCGGGCAAGUAGCGGCGCUGGAGGCGGACACGGACAGCGGAAAACCGGAGCGUUUGGUGGCGCGUGAUUGCAUCGACCAGCUGGACAUGGCUUCCAACUACCUAGUUAAGGCGUACGAGUCUCUCCGCUCCAACGACGAGCCCGAAGGCCAAGCGCACUGGGUCUCGGCCGCGCUCGCGCUCACCUCGCAGUGCACCGCCGCGCUCACUGCAGCUUCGGCUCCCGUCACCCCCUCCGUCAAGCUCGCUUUUUCCGGUGUUACUGCCUCAAGCGCCUCUUUCAAUGGCGACGACAGCGCGGGACUCACCGCCGCGACAGGCGCUGCUACCGGCGCUAGCUCCAUGGCGACUGUGUCUCGAUCCAUGAGCACGGGUCUGGGAAAAGAGUGCAAGGAUUACAUCGCGAACGCGCUAUCCGUCGUCGCGUCCCUUCGAGGCGUGGAGGAUGACGAGGACGAUGAUGGCGAGGAGCCCCUGGAGCUAGCGGCGGAAAGUGCGGGAAGGAAGGCGCUGGAGCGAGAGCAAGGAAGCACCGAGCGUAUUCCUGAGAUGGAGACUAUCAGCGAGGAUAUGGCGGCUGUGAUUGCGGAGUUCGGUGGAAGCGCGGAGGAGGUCGACAACGUGCGCCGCGGCGGGAGGAAGUUGAUUGGCGGGAAGAUUAAUCGGAGGGCGGAGAGGUUGCUGCGAGGCAUGGGAGUUUCGAGUGCGACAGCCGGCACGUCCGCGAGCGACACGAAGGGUCGCCCAGAUUGGGUGGACGACAACGAGGAGAGGCAGCUGCGAGAGCUGCAGCACUUUAUGCAACACCACUAUCGCAUCCUUCGCGAGUUGUUUCCAAGCAACUUUUCGCAGCACUGGGAGGCAAACCGCGGGCGCACGCUCGUCGUGACAACGCCUCCCGCACUGAACGCUGCAAUCAGCCAACUCGAAGUUACUCCUUCGCCAGCUCCUCUCGCCAAUACCGCCGCCGUUACUGUUCCUGGGCCGGUACCCAAAGCCACACCAAAGACCGUGCCCAAGGUUGCUCCCUCGACCGUUCCCAAGACGGCUCCAAAGAUCGCUCCUAAAACCGUUCCAAAGGCCGCUCCAAAGGCCGCUCCAAAGGCCGCUCCUAAGACCGUUCCUGCUACCGCCCCUAAGACUCUUCCCAAGACCGCUCCUAAGGCCACUCCUAAGACCGUUCCUGCUACCGCUCCAAAGACCCUUCCUAAGACCGCUCCUAGGACUCUUCCCAAAACUUCCCCUAAAACUGCUCCAAAGACUGUUCCUAAGGUCGCUCCGAAGACCCUUCCCAAGCCAACCCCUGCGACCCUCCCCAAGACCGCCCCUAAGACCGUACCAAAGGUCCCUCCUAAGACCGGCCCUAAACCCCCCACGACCGCGUCGCCCAAGGUCGCGCCUAAGACGGCACCGAAGACGGCACCGAAAGCAGCACCGGGCAUAAAGGCGCCGGUUGCGGGGCCCGGCGUGGCGGUGGAAUCCGUCCCUUCUCCUCCCCAGAACGUGUUCGCGGCGGCGGCGGCGAUAAAGCUCCCGACUCUGAAGCCGGACUACAUCGUGUCGAAGGACGGACAAAGCGGCCACUACGACACGGUGCAGAAAGUGAUGGACAUGCUCGGCAUGACGAUGCUGGAGAACCGGCGCAAGGUGAUAUUUAUCACCAAGGGCAUGUACAAGGAGAAGGUCACCCUACGCAAGGACAGGAUCAUCUUUCUGGGUGAAGGGCCCAAGCUGACCAAGAUCGCGUUCGACGAUAGCCCCGCCAAGGGCUCCACCGUCUUUGACUCCGCCUCAGUCGCCAUCAACGCGAACGAGUUCACGGCGAUGGGCAUCACGUUCAUGAACACGGCGGGGCCGCGGGCGGGGCAGGCCAUCGCGCUGCGCUGCGAGGGCGACAAGAGCGCCUUCUACGACUGCCUCUUCCUGGGCAACCAGGACACGCUCGCGCCCAACGUGGGUCGGCAAUUCUUUAAGAACGUGGGCGUGCUGGGGUCAAUCGACUUUGUCUUCGGCGUCGCGUCCGCGGUGUUCGAAGACUGCACGUUUGUCAUGCGCAAACCGCUGCCCGGUUACGAAGGCUGUGUGUCGGCGCAGGGGCGCGACAAGAAGAAGGACCCGUCGGCGUUUGUGUUUUUGAGAGGGCGUGUGCUUGGCGAGAGCGCCGGGACGUACGGGUACCUGGGACGGCCGUGGUGGGCGUUCUCGAGGUCCAUCUACAUCAGCGUGUACCUCGGACCGGUGAUUGGCCCCCGUGGGUGGUUGGAGUGGGACUAUGGCGGUGGCAAGAAGACCACCUGGGGAGGCAAUCCCUAUUUGGCAGAGUAUGGCUCGUUUGGCCCGGGUAGCAAGGGAGUUAGAGUGGCGUGGGCCAAGCCCGGCAAGAUUCCAUACAAACAGACAUGGAGUCCGCAAAGAGGCCAACCAAGCCCGGGUCGCCGCAGUUCCGCCAAUGGCCGGGACUCUGGCGCAGCUCCCGCUCGCAGGGACUCGUACGGCACCUCCGCAUCGGCGCGCGAGCCCGAAGCAGCUCGGCACGCGAUGGGGCACAGCAACAGCCUUGGGGGACUGAGCAACCUUGGCGGCCUGGCGUCCGACCGUGUGGGCGGGGGCCGCCGUGCGUCUGACCUUCCGCCUCCGCCUGUGGAAGAAGUGUCGCUUCAGGCGCCAUUCCCCAGCAGCUGGCUCGCAAGUGGGCUCUCGUCGGACGAUCUCCGCGAAUGUGCAUAUGAAUUGCUUGUUAAUGUCGUCGGCCCAAAGCCCGCACCGGUCAACCGCAACGCGGCGGCGGCGCGGAAGCAGCAGAAUAAAGGAAUUAUCUCUGACGAGAUGAAGGCGGUCUUGCGACUCAAAGCGGGGAGCGAGCCCGGGAAAGACGGCGCCGCGGCGCUGACACCGUUGGAUGUGGUGCGGCGGCAGCUGGAUAUAUCGGAGGCGUGCGAUGAACGCACGAGGGCUGCACUGAUACGCGCUCAUGCGUCUGCAAAGAAGCCGGAGAGUCUGGUGGUGCCUCUGGAGUUGCUGUGCCAGCUAAACUUCGCCGACUUUCCCUCGCAACGCGACUACUCCCGCUGGAAGCGCCGCCAGCUCAUGCUCCUCGACCAAGCCACAGCGCGCCAUCCGGGCCGCGCGGCCCCCGCCUCUUCCGCCACGCCUCCCCCGAAAGGCUACAACCGCGACAAGGCCGACAGCGCCAUGCGACAAGUGAAGCAGCUUAUAGCGGAGCUGACGACGGGGCAACGGGACAUGCAGGAGACGGCGGCGCGGCAGGCGCUGCGCAACGCCGUGACGACGGUGGUGGACAUGCCGCUUGCAAGCGGCGGAAAGGGCGGGGGGCUCCCCGCGGAGGGGCGGUGGGCGGAUGGGUGGCCGCUGAACGUGCGGCUGUACGCGACGCUGCUAGGGUCCGUGUUUACGGGGCUGCAGGCGGCGACGCUGGUGGAGGAGUUGGAAGAGGUGCUGGAGAUUCUGGGGAAGGUGUGGCCCGUGCUCGGCAUCACGCCGCUCGUGCACCGCUGCGUGUUCGCGUGGCUGUUCCUGAAGCACUACGUGUCGUCCGGGCAGAAGGAGCCCGCGCUGCUCGUCGCCGCGGACUUUCAGCUGCGCGCGGUAGAGACGGAGGUGAAGAACGAGCUGGGCAAGGGCACGGAGCAGCAGCAGCAGGAGCAGGUGCUGGUGCUGCUAACGCUGCUGCCGCACAUGGUCAAGUACGGCGAGCCGCGUCUCCUCUCGUAUCACGACGAGUUCCCCGACGGCGGGGCCGCGUUCGAGUCCACGGCGGGGCUCAUGCUGCGCGCCGAUGAGCUGCUGCAGAGCGACGAGGUGGUGGCGGCGGCGCAGCGGGCGGCGAGCGCGGGGGUGAAGCUGCCCGGGAGCGGGAGCGCCAAGGCGGGCAGCAGCGUGGGGCCCAAGAGGCGCGCGGACCAGUUUGUGCGGUCGUCCGUCAAGAAGGCGUUCUCCGCUGUGCGCGAGGCGGCGGCGCUGAGGCAGGUGACGCUGAAGCAGGCGCACGGGGGGGUGCCGCCGCUGCUGGUGGCGCUGGCGGCGGAGAGCAGCAUGCUGGCCGUGGACUCGGUGGGGCGCUACGCCGCCGCGCUCAGACCCUGGAACUCCAACGCGGGCGGGCUCACCGUCGCCAUAGUGCACUCUUGUUAUAAGAACGAGCUGAAGCUGUUUAUAGCGGAUCGCACUGUGCUGUCUGUGGAGAUGACUCAGGUGCUGCUGCAGGCGGAGAAGCUGGAGAAGCAGCUGAUAGAGAUGGCGGUGGAGGAGGGCGCGGACGCGGAGGACGGGGGCGCGGAGGUGAUACAGGAGAUGCCGCCGUACGAGACGCAGCGCACCAUCGAGGUCAUGCUGCAGCAGUGGCAGGACAACCGCAUUGCCAAGUGCGCCGAGUGGGUCGACCGUGCCAUCCAGCUCGAGAAGUGGGAGCCCAAGGCGAUGAAGGCGUUCUGUGCGUCGAGUGUGAUGGACGUGCUGGGUCUGCUGGACGAGACGCAGGAGGCCUUCUUCGCCCUGCCGCUGCCUCCGCGCGCGGACAUGCUCGUCAGCGUGGUGCGCGCCAUGGAGGCCGCGCUGCUCAAGUACUGCAAGGCUGUCACCGCUCAUGUUGGCGACAAGUCCCAGUUCCUGCCUCCGUUCCCUCCCCUCACGCGCUACAAGGAGGGCGGAGCACAGGAGAAGGGCGCGGCAAUCCUCGCAGCAGCCGCAGCAGCAACAGCCGCAGCCAACGGCACCAACGGCAGCAUCGGCAGCAACGGCAGCAGCAAGGGCGGCGGGGGCAAGGAGAGCAAGAGCGACCGGUAUGCGGUGCCACGGCUGCUGGUGCGCAUCAACACGCUGUUCCACAUCCACAACGAGGUGGACGCACUGGCUGCUCGCAUCCGCAGCGCGUGGGAGAGAGCCUUGGCGCCCUCUGCCUCCUCGCCCUCCACUGCCGCUCCUGCGCAGAAGUCCUUCUGGCCCCUGCCCUCUUUCAAGAAGGUGGAGACGAACGUGCCUCUGGUGCCGCCGCUGCCCUCGGAGCUGAUCUGCAUGUUUGACGACGUGCGGCACGAGUCCGAAACCGCCAUGGCGCACCUGUGCCAGUUUGUGGCGUACCGCGUGGUGUGCCACGAGCUCAAGGACGUGGCCGUCGAUGCUCUCUACGCGGGCGGGCCGGCGACGCGCAUGCGCAUUGCGGCGGUGCUGGAGCGCCUGCACCCGCACCUGGUGGUGAUUGCGGAUAUUAUCAAUGACGGGCUGAGGGACCGCGUGGUGCUGGAGGUGCUGCGUGCGCUCGUGCACUGCUACCUGCGCGCCCUGCUCGCCGGCGGGCCGGCUAGAAGCUUCACGGUGCCGGAGGUGCCAGCUCUGAAGGAGGACCUGAGCUUCCUCUCUGAACUCUUCAUAGAUGGAGGUGAUGGGCUCCCUGCUGACAAGGUUCAGGCCACUCUCGCCCCCGCUGCUUCCAUCGUCACUCUCAUGAGCCGCGACACCGACGACAUUAUCAGGAAGUUUGAUGCGGCUUAUAAGGAGUUUUCGCGGACGGUGCCGGGAGGUGGUGCAGGAGGGAAGGAUGCGAAGGGGGGCCUGGUGCUGCCGCCGGUGCCGGAGGAGUGGUGUCCAUCGGACGCUAAUACGCUGUUGCGAGUGCUGUGUUAUAGAGGGGACAGGCGCUCGUCGAAGCAUUUGAAGAAGGUGUUUGACUUGCCCAAGGAGCUCAAGAAGCCAUGGUACUGA